GAGGAGCAAUGUUGCCAGAAGACUCUUGAGCAAAUAGCCUACUGGGCUAUAUUUCUGGACCAAGCCUGCUUCAACUUGCUUAGCCUUAGAGAAGUCUUAUCUGCACUUCUGAGUUUCAACCUCAUUCUCAACUCUGGGUUUGAUUAAGGCACAAAAUUUUGAAGCUUAUCAAAGGAGAGGCUUCUUAUGAUUUACAACUCUCCUCUAGCAAUGAUGAGGUUUGAGAGACAUGAACCUUGAGCUCCACAAAUCUGCUUUAAAUUGAACCCUAAAUUUAGUAAAUUUAAACAUCCAAACAGAAGUUUGAUGAAUGUUUCCAUGGAAAUUCUGAAUUAGAGAACUUUGGGUUUUUAUUGUCGAUUUUUUCUAACCGGAGACAUCUCAGGUAAAAUAAAUACCAGAUAAGAAUACACUCUUAAAGUGAACCAAGGGCUUAGGUCUGGCUUGGAGUAGCCUCUCGUCUGCCUUAGACUUGUCAAGAGGAGUUUAACCAUGCUCUAGUUAUAAAAUGCAUGAAAAUAUCUUGCUAUAGGUUACUGAGCAAAACUGAGGUUUUUUGAUGCAAAAUGUUUAUUUACAAUCCUAAUUUAAGAAAUUUUAGACCAAAAAAAGGCUCUUU